AUGGCAACACCUACACCUGAAGAACUUGAUCGACAACUCGAUGAAUUCAUCGAUAAACUUGUCGAAGACAAAGAUCAUCUUCCAGCGGGUGAACUUGAUGAUGCUUUUUGGAAAGAUCUAGAACGGCAUCCAUUCUUUCUUAAAGAAAUGCCUGAUGAUGGUGCUGAACUUCAUCCUGCUACGGAAGCUUUGCAAGCAUUGAAAUGGGAUGAUGAUGACGAUACACCUUUAGGUAAUAAAGCAAACAAAUUUAAAGAAGAAGGCAAUAAAUAUUAUGGAUUUAAAAAAUAUCGUAAUGCAAUAAUCGCUUAUACUGAAGGUAUAAAACAACGUUCUACGGAUCCUACAAUUAAUGCUGUUUUGUUUUGUAAUCGAGCAACAGCUAAUUUUUAUUUGGGUAAUUAUCGUUCGGCAUUACGUGAUUGUGUAUUUUCACGAAAAUGUAAACCUGAUCAUCUCAAAGCUUUUAUUAAAGGUGCUGAAUCAUGUAUGAAACUUGAAAAAUAUAAAGAUGCACAAACAUGGUGUUCAGCUGGUUUAACAAAAGAAAAAGAACGUGAUGAACGAAAACAACAAGGUCGUGAAAAGAAACAAAAAAGUGAACAAGAAAAAGUUCUCAAUGCUAUUCGACAACGAAAUAUUUAUUUACAAGAAGAUCCAAGUAUUGAUAUAUUUAAUAUCAGUACAAAUCCAGCUGGUAGUUGUGUGAAAUUAAAAGAAUCUGAUCAAAUAUUAACAUUUCCUGUUGUUUUUCUCUAUCCGGAAUAUGCACAAACGGAUUAUAUCAAAGAAUUUCAUGAAAAUACAAGACUUAUUGAUCAUUUAUCAGUUAUAUUCGAAUCUCGUGCACCUUGGGAUGAAGAAGGAAAAUAUACAUUAGAUCGAAUCGGAAUCUAUUAUGAAGAUCAUGAUAAACAUGAAUUAAAAAUGGUUUCAUCUAAUAAAACAUUACUUGAAGUACUUCAACUACCGGGAUUUGUUGUUCAACUUGGUAUGCCAAGUUUCAUGAUCAUGGUUCCUGAUUCACCAUUUGCUAAACAUUAUUCAAAAAUGUAUGCAAGUUUAUAA